AUGGGUUUGCUCAAAAAGUAUUGUGAUGCUCGAAAUAUACCAGAAAGCAUUUCAUACAUGAACCAGGCGUUAAGAGCAAAAGAUUUGCUUGGGAAAGAAACGCUUCGUUUUUCUGGAAACACGGAUGAUGUAUGUUUAAGUAUAAACAUCAUGUACACGCUUUUACGGCAGGCUUCCUCUGAAUUUGAAGAAAAGGAGACGCUGUUAAGUGUGCUGAAGCAAAAGGAACUCCAAAUAUCGGCACAGUCAAACACAAUUGCAAAACUUGAACUGAGAUUAAAAACGGCACAAGAGGAACUCAAUGUCAGUCGUGAAAAGUGUUCUCAACAAACUAGAGAAAACUUAAGAUUACGAGAAAAAAACAAGUCGCUUACCACGUUACUCGAGAAAAGCAAUACGACGCUACAAGCUGCAAAGAAUCAGUUGUCAGUGGCCCUGCGUCGACGAGAGCAGCAAAUGGAAAGUCUAAAGGGAAACUACAGCUCGGUUCAGCGGCGGAAGGAGAAGAAAAUGGUGAGCAUGAUGAGCGUAAAAAGUCAGGACAAGCCUUAUCCGUACCCCCCAGUCCUGCCACAUGCCAUGAAUGAAGACGAAGACGAUAAUGACAACACAACUCCUGAGUCUCUUCAACUACAGCAAGAAAGCAUUUCGGCCUUGUCUUCAGUUGCCGAGUCUCUGACACGACAAAACACACAUCUUUACCAAUGCAUCGAAGAGGCAGUUGCCGAGCUUGAUCGACUGCUACAGCCUGCAAUACUUGCUCGCCGGCUGCAACUUUGUGUUCAGCAACAGACAAAGAAUGCAGCUGUGCUUGAUGCAAAACUUCAUAAGCGAAUAGCUUUGGUACGUGAGCUGCUUACGGAAGAAAAGUAUGUUUCCAUCGACGAAGUUACGCCUCUGCAGGAAGAGCUUCGGCUACAGCUGUCUGACAUAACCAAAUUAAAGACGGAAAACGAACAGCUAAGACACACUCUUACGCAACUCAGUACAGCUGAAGUAACGAAUACAAAAUUACAUGAUGCCAUUCUUAAUACCCCAAAACCGAAGCUUGAUGCCUCACCCAUCCGGAUAAUAACACCUUCCAAUGUCCUAAGUUUGCGCCAUCUAACGGAGCCGACAAAUUGCAAAGUGGAGCCAACAGACUGA